CAGAGAAGCUCAAUGGGAGGGGAAUAUAUAUGCUCGUUGGUCGCGCUGGCCAUCAACGCUGUUGGUUCCUACUUAUUAGUCCUGUCACCAGUCUUCCGGACCUGGUUGUCAGUCCAGUUGGUCAGUGUUUAGGGCUCUCUUCCACCAUCUGGCCAUCAUGACCGCCUCACUUCUACGCUUGGCCGUCCUUGCGGCGAGUUUCCUACCAGGAGCUCUGGGAGGAAUCAUUGUGAGAAGCGAGCCAGACCCGGCAUCAAGCAGCAACACCAUAUUGCCCCGACUGGACUGGUCAGAUGCAGCAGCUUCUGAGACGGCCACGCUCAAUGGCAUCAACUUUGGCUGCAAGUGUGCGCCGGGACGCAGUUGCUGGCCCUCGGCCGCCAAGUGGAACUCGUUGAACAACACGGUUGACGGCCGGUUGCUCGUACAUAUACCUCCGGGGGCCGUCUGUCACAAUACGUUCCAGGGGCCGCUUGGGACCGUGCAAACAUAUGACGCGGCGGCGUGUGCGGAGGCGACGGCAAACUGGGCUAGCGAGGACUGGACCGUUGCGCAGCCGGCGGCCAAUCUCUGGACCUACUUCACAAACGACACAUGCCGGCCGACGGAGAACCCGGCUGACAGCUGCACGCUGGGCUACUACGGGGUCUAUGUCAUCAUGGCUACCAAGCCGGCGCACGUCAAGGCCGGUAUCGACUUUGCCCGGCGGAACAACGUCCGGCUCAUUGUGCGCAACACGGGCCACGACUUCAUCGGCCGCAGCACGGGCUAUGGAGCGCUCGUCAUCAACACGCACAGCUUUCAGGACAUCACCUGGAUUGAUUCCUACCGUGGGCCGGGAUCGUACACGGGCGGAGCAGUCACUAUCGGUGCCGGCGUCCAGGGCAAGACCAUACUUGCUGCUGGUCACGCCCGGAAUCCGCCGCUUGUUGUUGUCACUGGUGAAUGCCCUACUGUUGGCAUUGCUGGAGGAUUUAUUCAAGGAGGCGGCCAUGGGCCGUGGACGACGCUUAAGGGGUUUUCGGCGGACAACGUUCUUGCCUUCGAAGCAAUCACCGCAUCAGGGCACUACGUGACUGCCAAUGCCCAGCAAAACGCUGAUCUGUUCUGGGCCUUGAAGGGCGGCGGCCCGGCGUCGUUUGCCGUGAUCCUGUCGGUCACGAUGAAGACCUUCCCGGACAUCCCGUCGGCCGGCGCAGAGCUGUACAUCAACACCACCCACACCACCGACUCGGACGUGUGGUGGAACGGCACCGCUGCGUUUCACAAGUGGUCCAACCACUUUGUCGACAACGGGCUCUACGUCUACUUCGAGCUGCUCCCUUUGACUCUUCGCGUGAGGCCGUUUGUGGCGAUCGGGAAGACAUCCGCUGAGCUGGCUGCCGUUGUGAAGCCGUUCCUUGACGAGCUGGCUGCGUUGGGCGUGCCGUAUGAUUUUACGCUCAAGGAGUUUCCGACUUUUUAUGAUCUCUAUGUUGACCUGUUCGAGGCCGAGGCGGCCGGGUCAUCGGCUCUUACCGGCGGAUGGAUGUUCAACCACCACGACGUGGCAACGAACAAUGACGGCAUCAUUGAGGCCUUUAAGACGGUCCUGUCGCCCCGGCCGGAUCUGUUUGGGUUCAUGGUCGGACACUUGUUCAACCCGGGCUAUGGCGCGCCAAAGAGCAAUAGUGCUACGCACCCGGCCUGGCGGAAUGCGACUGACUUUAUUAUUGCUAUUCUGCCCGUCACGCCUGGCGCGUCGCUCGCGCAAAAGGCGGAUCUGCAGAAUGUGCUGACGAAUACUAUGGAUGAGGCGCUCAGGGGGGCGAGUACUAGUGGGUGUACUUAUGUCAAUGAGGCCGAUCCGUACCAGCCCAACUGGCAGAGCCACUUCUGGGGCUCUGAAUACCCGAAACUGAGAGCCCUCCGGUACAAGUGGGAUCCGCUUGGCGUCUUUUAUGCUGUGUCGACCCCCGGGACGGAGGGUUGGGAGGUGAUUGAGGAUGGGACACGAUUGUGCCGGAGACUUUGACGUGGUGUACCGAAGCGCUUACGGGACGUCUGCGCAAGGUACGAGUAGUGAGUACCGUACCCAGUAGGGGCGCGUCAUUACAUGACUAGGAACACGUUAUAGACACAAAAGCAAGAUGUGCGAUCUCAAGUUGACUACGAAGUAUCUAGGUAGGGUAUGGAACAGGUCAAGUCUGGCUGCCGGGUGUCUAACCCCUGAGUAGCGUGAGCACCGAGACCAAGGCACAAUCCAAGCCUGUCUGCCGAGCACAUCCAGUCAUCUGUGGUUGACCCAGCCUAAGCAGAUUUCAAACCCCACGUCUCCUUGAUCAAGUCCGCAGCCUUCUCACCAAUCCCGUAUGCCGGCAUCUGGGUGUGACCGCCGUGCAA